GGGAGCGCUCGCCUCGCUGCCCGCCCGCGGCCGGGACCGCGCCUGCCCGCAGCGGGGGGCGGAGUGGGGGUGCAUUUUGGGGUGGUUUUGUACUUUUUGGGGGGCGGGCGGGAGGAGGGGGGGGCGGGCAGGCUGCUGCCGCGCCGACGGCCCCGCGCCCAUGACGAUGCUGCUGGACGGAGGGCCGCAGUUCCCGGCGCUGGGGGUGGGCGGCUUUGCGGCGCCCCGCCACCACGAGAUGCCGGGUCGCGACGCCGGCGGCGGCGGCAUGGGGCUGGGCCCCUUCGGGGACUCUUCGCACGCCGCCGCCUUCAAGCUGAACGCGGCCCCGCACGACCUCGCCGCCGGGCAGAGCUCGGCAUUCACGCCGCAGGCACCGGGCUACGCCAGCGCCCUGGGCCACCACCACCAUCACCACCACCACGCCGGCCAGGUGCCCUCCUACGGCGGGGCCGCCGCCUUCAACUCCACCCGCGACUUUCUGUUCCGCAACCGCGGCUCCGGCAUCGCGGACGCCGCCUCCGGCACAGCGCAGCACGGGCUCUUCGGCGGCUCCCCCGGCGGCUUGCACGGCCCCGGCGGCAUCCCGGACACCCCAGGCUACCUGCUCUUCCCGGGGCUGCACGAGCAGAGCCCCAGCCACACGUCCCCCAACGGGCAUGUGGACAACGGGCAGAUGCACCUGGGGCUGCGCGGGGACCUCUUCGGGCGGCCGGACCCCUAUCGGGCCGUCUCCAGCCCCCGCACGGACCCUUACGCCGGCGCCCAGUUCCACAACUACAACCACAUGAAUAUGAAUAUGGGCAUGAACGUGGCGGCCCACCAUCACCACCACCACCACCACGGCCCCGGCGCUUUCUUUCGGUACAUGCGCCAGCCCAUCAAGCAAGAAUUGUCCUGCAAGUGGCUCGACGAGAGCCAGCUCAGCCGGCCCAAGAAGAGCUGCGACAGGACUUUCAGCACCAUGCACGAGCUGGUGACCCAUGUCACCAUGGAGCACGUCGGGGGCCCGGAGCAGAACAACCACAUCUGCUACUGGGACGAGUGUCCGCGGGAAGGCAAGUCCUUCAAGGCGAAAUACAAACUGGUGAACCACAUUCGGGUGCACACGGGGGAAAAGCCCUUCCCGUGCCCCUUCCCGGGCUGCGGCAAGAUCUUUGCCCGCUCCGAGAACCUCAAGAUUCACAAGCGGACGCACACCGGUGAGAAGCCUUUCAAGUGCGAGUUUGAGGGCUGCGACAGGCGCUUCGCCAAUAGCAGUGACAGGAAGAAACACAUGCACGUCCACACCUCGGACAAGCCCUACAUCUGCAAGGUGUGCGACAAAUCCUACACCCACCCCAGCUCACUUAGGAAACACAUGAAGGUGCACGAAUCCCAGGGGUCGGACUCUUCCCCUGCGGCCAGUUCGGGGUACGAGUCCUCCACCCCCCCUGCGGUGGGCUCCGCUGGCAGUAAGGACUCCACUAAAACGCCGCCGGCCGCCCUGCAGAGUAACCCCGGCCAUAACCCUGGACUGCCCCCCAAUUUUAAUGAGUGGUAUGUGUGAAGGCAGCUGCUGCCCGGCCACAGACUGGACCAAAUGCACAGGGAACGAGGAAAGAAAAAGGACAAAUCAAGCCAACUGCAGCUCGCUCCCACGGAAAUGGAGUUUCCACACCGACGACCGCAUAGGGCUACACCUACUUAACUGCCAGGAUGCGGAGGGGGGUCUUUUAUUAUUAUAUUAUAAUUAUUACUAUUUUUUUGCAAGCCCAGACGCUGGACUAGCCAUGUCCUUUUCUCAGGAUUAGAUUUCUCUUUUUUUGUUGUCAUUUUUUUCAGUCUCAGUCGUUUCUUUGAUUUUCACCCCCCCCACCUUGCCUGAGUCUCUGUUCCUCCAACUCCCCACUUAUUUUUCUUAAUUUGUUUUUUUUUCUUUCUUUCUUUCUUUCUUUCGGUGGGAUGUUGACAUGAGGAUGAAAAUUCUCCUUCGCCUUAGUGGUGAUUGUUUAAACUUACAGUCUUAAACCGUGCCAAAGUCCUGUUAUGUCUUGAACUUUCCUUUCUAGCUCUCCUGCUGCUUCUUUCUCUGCUCUUCUCUUUCUCCUUCUCUCUCCAAGCAUUACACUUGUGAAUGUAUUCUCGUCUGAUGGGGUCGGUCAGUAUUUUUCAGGAUGAGGAUGUGGUGUUUAUUCUGCCCAGAUUGUGACGUUUAGUAUAACAGUUGCCUUUUUGUAAUAACUUUUUUUGUAAAUACAUACCCAUGAUGCCAUAUUUAUCGUUCGUAAUUUAAUUAUUGAUACAAAGUGCCGGGAACUGAACAAUAUUUAUGGGGGAGAAAAAAUUGUUUUCUAACAAAAAAAUACAAACAAACAAAAAAAUUCCAACUCUGUACAGCUUUUGGUUAUAACUGCUUUAGCAUUAAAAGUUUAUUGUUUUGG